AUGAAGCUCGAUGCAAAGGCGAUUCGUUACCUCACCUCUGAGGAUUUUCGUGUUCUCUCUGCGGUUGAGACAGGAAGCAGAAAUCAUGAAGUUGUUCCGACUCCGUUAAUCGCCAAUAUCUCAGGUCUUCGAGGUGGUAGUGGUGUAAACCGAGCUAUUUCGAAUUUGGCCAAAACCAAUCUUAUUGCGAAGGUGAAGAAUGCCAAAUACGACGGAUAUCGUCUCACCUACGGUGGUCUCGAUUAUCUCGCGCUUAACGCUCACCAAAAGCAAAAAUGCGUCUACUCCGUCGGAAACCAAAUCGGUGUCGGAAAGGAAUCAGACAUUAUCGUGGUUGCGAACCACCAGGGAACACAGCGCAUUCUCAAGAUCCACCGUCUCGGUCGCAUUUCUUUUCGAACAGUCAAAACUAACCGAGACUACCUACGACACCGGCAAACCGGCUCGUGGAUGUAUAUGUCACGCUUGGCGGCGAUGAAGGAAUAUGCGUUCAUGAAGGCACUUGGAGAGAACGGGUUUUCCGUACCAGAGCCUAUCGCGCAGAACAGACACACAAUUGUCAUGAGUCUUAUUGACGCCUUCCCACUACGCCAGAUCUCGACGGUUCCGAACCCAGCGCUCCUGUACUCAGAGCUCAUGGACACGAUCAUGAGAUUAGCUCGGUAUGGGUUGAUCCACGGUGACUUUAACGAAUUCAAUAUCCUCAUCAAAGAAGAGGAGGACCCGAAUGCGAAGGGCAAAGCCCCAGCAGACGCAGAGAACGACGAGAACAUCCGGCUGGUUCCGGUCAUCAUUGAUUUCCCGCAGAUGGUAUCGAUCGAUCAUGCGAAUGCAGAAAUGUACUUCGAUCGUGAUGUGAAUUGUAUUAAGCGUUACUUCCAGCGGAAGUUCCGUUAUGUGAGCGAUGAGCCAGGCCCGUUCUUCGCUGACGCUAAGAAACAGCUUCUUGAGAACCCUGGAAAGCGGUUGGACGUUGACGUUGAAGCAUCAGGGUUCUCAAGGAAGAUGGCUCGUGAACUGGAGGCAUACAUGAAGGAAGUCGGCGCCAAUGAAGAAGAGCGAGGAAGCGAUGAUGAGGAUCAUUCGGGGUCUGAGGACGAAGCUGAGGAAGACGUGAACGCAGAAGAUGAGGAGAGCGGUGCCAAAAAGUCGAAGGAGUCUGAAUCUGAUGCAAUCACCGAGAGUUCUCAACGACUGGGCGAAUUGCACGUUUCGUAG